GUUUCGGUGGGGCGGCCAUGCGGACACCAAGGAUCAUGCCGCAAGUGGAUGACGGCGGAGGCGACUCGUCUGGACGAAAAGGAGCCAUAAUCCCCGAGACCAGGGCGGUGCGGGUUGCGGGAGAUGAUCGCACUGUGUUGUUCCCGCAGGUCGGCAAGGCCAUGGUGGAGCCUGAGCAGGUGAACAAUGCGCAUCACAACAGCGGCGACGACAUGGUCAAAGCAGUUGCACUGGAUGGAUUUCUUUUGCUCGAUACAUGCCGAGUGGAGUUCCCCGAGGAAGCGACUCGGGCCGACGUAAACGGACUGAACAUUCGCUCCGUUGUCGUGGACGACUUGCUCUUCUUCAGCAAUCUCGUGUUUCUCGACAUGAGCGACAACCAGGCACCGUUCGAGCCGCUGGGAACGCUGCCGGCCCUCAAGGAACUCGACUUUCAAUGCAACGCUGUGCACCGCAUUCAAAAUCUGACGGGAUUCGACGGUCUCGAGUGGCUCAACCUGUCCUUCAACUGUCUCACCAGCUCCGACGUGGAAGAGCUGGCAAAGCUGCCCAAACUGCGGGAGCUGUAUUUAUCAAACAAUUCCAUCACAACAUUGCCUCCAAUCAUGGACCGGUUCGUACGCCUCGAAACGUUGUCGCUCGAGCGAAACAACAUCCAGGGCACGGGUGUGUUUACGUUGCUCGCCGUGACCCCCCGCUUGAAGAACCUCAAUCUGUGUCACAAUAAGCUCGUCGAGUUCCCUGAGAGCGCGCUUUGCCUUCAGGAGAAGCAAAAUACAGGCUUUGCCAACCUCGCUUACCUCAACCUGGCGCACAACAAAGUCACACGGGAGUGCGACAUCCUGCCUCUGGUGAAGUUGCGCGCGCUACAACAACUGGUGAUUUACGGCAAUCCCCUCGCUCAUGCAGCAGUGCAGACGCAAGACAAGACCAAGCUCGUGUACAACCCCGUGCCAGACAUGACGGACGCCCACAUCGACAUCGUUCGCGACGUCGAGCUCAACAUUGUCGUGGCAUACCCCGAAACGAAGAAGAAAAAGUCCACGUACAAGAACGUGCAGAUCGCGCGCGUGGCGCAGGCGGCCCUCCCGACGUCGUUCGAGUUCAAAGCAAGAGCCCAGCGCAUGCUGUUUAGCCCGAUGGACCAGCAGCAAACGACCAUUUUUCCACGUCUAGAGAAGAAGGAAAUGCCCGACACGAAACCAUCAGAUAUGUCGACGCCAGUUGGCCCUGAUGCCACAUUCAUGACCAGUCUUGAUGGCCAGUCAUCCACCCCCGUACUCCGACAAGACAAGUUCCCGCACGUCAAGGACCACCGACACAUGGAGAACGAAGUGCCGUCAUAUUUUUUGGCCCGGUCCCUGGCGCCGACGACAGAGGUCCAACAGCACAAGCUCAAGACUGCCAUGACGUCGCUGCGGUACCAACUCAACCAUCCCCUCACAUCCCACAAUGACAUGGACGUCAUGACGGACGUCCACGCGGCUCGCCCCAAUUGUAUCCACAAGAUGCGGCAACGUCGGAAGCGACAUGACGGCGUCGAUCGCGUGACCUCCGGAGGUAUGCUCGACCCAACAACGCGCGUAUUUCACGACGGACUCUGAAGUGCUGGCGACCAUCGACCAA